AUGACGCAAAGAAGUUUUUUAGAAUCUUUUCAGUGGUCUACCAUCGAGGCAAAUGAUGACGACGAACUUAUCAAAUUCUACGUACGUUGUUUUGGUGUACAAUUCCAAAUUCAAUAUCGAUUACAUGAUCUAUCUCUUUCACCAUAUCUUUUAAAACAAUUUCAAGAUUCUCUUACACUUAUGAGAAUAUAUGAAGUUGGAGAUAAUCGAGAUGCCAAAAAGGCUUUAGAGGAGAUUCAUCAUCCCAAACAACCAUUCGAAGAGCUUAUAAUCAAACUAGCUUCAAAUCCAUCAUUUUCAUAUGAUUAUUUAUUCGAUUAUCUUUUAUUUACCGAUUUUGAUUCUCGAAGCUCUAGUAACAACUCAAAAUAGCACUAUCAUCCAACCAAAUUUCAAAGGCGAAUUACCACGGCAAUCAAGGGUGCCUAUCGGUCAACAUAUCUCGAUUAGGGGAGAUUGGUUGAAGCCAGUGAAAUCUUCAACUUCGCAGCAAAUUCGACUUUUACCAACUUCAUCAAAUCUAGAAGAACAUCCCUACCUUCGAGGUCCAACCAAAGUUAUUGCUGACGAUAAUACGAUAUGCUACUAUAAAGAGUUUCCUGCAUGGUUAUCACCUUUACGGACAGUCACUAAGGAAAAACCAUGGAUACACAUACAAAUUUCAGCUGCCAUUGAUGCGAAGAAGCUUCGUUCUGAUAUACAUGUCUGUCGCUUGCAUAGUGUUAUUAUUGACGAUGAUCGCGAAGUAUUGCAGCAUUGGCCUCAUCCUUCGAAAGAGGAUUUGUACAAUAAAUGGGGAAGGGAUGGUGGUUAUCUGGAUUGGACAGGGGAGCAAUAUGCAGAUCCGAACUUUAGUAUGAAGCGCUUAGUGGGAAUUCUACUCUACUAUAUUGACAACAAGGGCACACUCGAAGAAGUAGCGCCUCAAUCUGACGACGAGCAUCGAUAUCGUUGGGCUACCGAGCUUGAAAACAUCGUUGGGGAAUUGCAUACUGCGGGUUUGGUAUGGGGCGAUGCUAAGCCAAGCAAUUUGUUGAUUGAUCGAAAUGAUCAAUUGUGGCUUAUUGACUUGGAGGGAAGCUAUACUCCAAGAUGGGUUGAUGAGGACAAUAGGGAUAGUCAGGAAGGGAACUUGCAAGGGGUAGAGAGGAUUAAGAAAUGGUUGGCUAAAUGCAAUAAUAAGUCUACUGAUUGUAUUGGGUUUGGAAAGAAUGAGUAG